AUGGGACAUCAGCUUAGGAAUGGCUUUGUUUUGUUUCGCCAGUUCCUCUGGCAAUUGGCCUUUAGCUUGCUCAAUGAACUCAUAUGUGACUGCUACUUAUCGCUGAAGCCAGAAGCUGGUUUUGAUGCAAUGGUUCCAUUGAUUUUAGAAGUUAAUGGAAUCCAACAACUCAUCUUCGUCUUGCCCUCAACAAGGUCUCAGAAAAUGAAUUGUUUCCCAUGCUGCAAAUCAGAAACUAAAACACCUUCUACCAAGGUAAUCUCCACCAAAGUUUCCAAAGGAAGGAGAACAUUCAAAUCAGUAGCUGCAGCUGUGUCUUUUAAAACAGGCAGUAGCAGGCAUAGACAAAUAGAGGCGGAGAUUAAAAAAUUUGGAACUGUCAAAAAUGAUAUCAAAGUAUUCACAUAUGAACAAAUAGUUGAAGCAACAAACAACUUCAAUCCUGAUUGCCUGCUGGGAGUAGGUGGAUUUGGGAAUGUUUACAAAGGAUACUUAAAAAGUGUUGGACAAACUGUAGCUGUGAAGGUACUGAACAGGGAAGGAGCACAAGGAACACGGGAAUUUUUUGCAGAAAUUUUGAUGCUAAGCAUGGUGCAACAUCCAAACCUUGUGAAGCUGGUUGGUUAUUGUGCAGAUGACCAUCAUAGGAUUUUGGUUUAUGAAUUCAUGGCCAAUGGGAGUUUGGAAAAUCACCUUCUAGACUUGGGUGAAGAUAAGGAGCCUUUGGAUUGGAAGACCAGGAUGAAAAUAGCCGAAGGAGCAGCUAGAGGACUUGAAUAUUUGCAUAACAGUGAAGAAACACCUAUUAUAUAUCGUGAUUUCAAAGCAUCUAACAUACUGUUAGAUGAGGAUUUUAAUCCAAAGCUCUCUGAUUUUGGCCUUGCCAAGAUUGGUCCUAUAGAAGGCCAGGACCAUGUGACAACCAGGGUGAUGGGAACUUUUGGUUAUUGUGCACCAGAGUAUGCUGCUACGGGUAAACUUAGCACAAAGUCGGAUAUUUAUAGUUUUGGGGUUGUGUUUUUGGAAAUAAUCUCGGGUAGGAGAGUAUUUGACACUGCAAGAGUUACAGCAGAGCAAAACUUGAUUGAUUGGGCACAACCUUUGUUUAAGGACAGAACGAAGUUUACUCUAAUGGCUGAUCCUUUGCUUAAAGGUCAGUUCCCAGUGAAGGGCCUAUUUCAAGCCCUUGCAGUGGCAGCAAUGUGUUUACAAGAGGAAGCUGACACACGACCUUUCAUGGAUGAUGUUGUCACGGCUCUUGCACAUAUAGCAGUUCACAAAGUUGGAGAAAAAGAUAUAGCCGGUGACUCUUUACAAUAUGCUGGCCACGUUGAAUCUUUCAGAGCUACAAAUUCUAUUGGAUCCGAACGAGCGUAG